AUGGCCUCCACAGCACUGAAUUGCACACAUUUUAUGUUGUGUUUUAUUUAUUGUUCGUUACUUGUUGGUAAUAUAUUUUGCGAUGCUGAUUCUGAAGAAGAUGAACAUGCCAAGCAUACGUAUACGGUGGAUAUGUUCAACAAUGCUGUCCCCACCGCUCCCCACUUUGUCAUGUUCUUCGCCCCUUGGUAAGCAAAAGUUUUCAAGUUUUAACCUGAAUGAAUGGAUAAACUCGCUAGGUAGAGUGCAGUUUGUAAAGUUAUUGACAAUAUUUAGAUGGCUACCAUAUUUCUUUACCAACUUAUAAGAUUUUCAAGUUGUCAUGGGCUACAGUAGCAGCUAACUUGCAGCUAGCUAGUUCUGCUUUUAUUGCCGGCUAGCUGUCUAAAAAGCUAGCUAAUAAGCUAACUAGUCAGCCAAGUUGUAUUAUUUUUUGCUACAAAUGAUAACUAGGACUUGUAUAUAAAAUGUUAUCCAUCAUUGCAUUGAUGCGAAGUCAUUGUAAUCUAGCUAGCUAACUAACACACUGGCUAAAGAUUGGCUAACAAAUCACAUGAGACCAGAACUACGCUAACGUUAGUUAACAUGCUUUGGUUGCUAAUCAUUAGAGCCUGGGAAACUUAUGGAAACUUGUGAACUUUUUGAAGUCACGAUUCAACUUGGACUGUCCCGUACUUUAACGUUAGUUGACAUAGUCGCUAACUACAUGCACAGUACAGUGUUCCCCCCCCCCACCACCACCAUGGUGUUCAUUUUGCUGCACAGUUGUUUGUACUGUAUAACAGCUAGCCUAGCUAGCUAACAGUACAGUAGAGUGAAGGAAUGGACCAUUUUAUGAUGAGACCGCUUACGUGGCAAGCACUGAUUGACGUAACUUCGUAGACAUGCAUGCCCUAAAGCUGCCUAAAAAUGUCCUACGUUUUUUUCAACACAAGGAACAAUCUACUUGCUGUAGUAAGGCCUAAUAUGUUGGUAUCUUUUCUGAAAUGUAAGCGUUUGGACAACAGUGCAGUUCUUCAUCACUUCACAGGAGUAUCUUUACUGUAUACCUCCCUGCACACAGUUACAAGCUGACCCCCACACUGCACAAACUGAUCAAAUAAACAUAAAAAGCUAUUUUGAUAACUUAAGUCAGACAACAUGACAAGGUGGCACAUGUAUGCCACUUGCCAUAGAAACAUGAAGACAGUUGGAAUUCAAUAGGAGUGUUGAGUUGUAUCAGGUGUCUCCCUUUUCCACUCAGACUGUGCUCUCUCUAUUUAAUGCCUAGGCUAAUCAGUGUUUCCACCUAUUUUUUAGUGUUUGCGUCUUGGCAGAUAUAUCCCGAGUGGCGCAGCGGUCUAAGGCACUGCAUCUCAGUGCUUGAGGCGUCACUACAGACCCCCUGGUUCGAUUCCAGGCUGUAUCAUAACCGGCCGUGAUUGGGAGUCCCACAGGGCGGCGCACAAUUGGCCCAGCGUCGUCCGGGUUUGGCCGGUGUAGGCCGUCAUUGUAAAUAAGAAUUUGUUCUUAACUGACUUGCCUGGUUAAAUAAAGGUUAAAUAAAAUGUUAAAAUCUCAGCGGUGGCAACAAUGAUAUAGGGGGGGGAACAGCUAAUUCCAGGCAGAACUGUGAGGCCUGUACCACCUCAGGGAAAAUACUUUGAAAGAACCUGUGCUGCGUUUUGUUUCCAGGUGUGGUCACUGUCAGAGGCUACAGGGGACAUGGAACGAGAUGGGGGACAAAUACAACAGCAUGGAGACUCCACCCGCCUACGUAGUAAAGGUUGACUGCACUCAGGAUGUUAAGUUCUGCUCCAAUGUCCACGGCAUCAGGGGCUACCCCACGUAGGUAUAGGGUUGUAUUAAUUAGUGCACACCAUAGCAAAACAUUAAAAAAAUGUUUUGCAACAUAACCGUUUCUUACUGGAUUUCUUAUUGGAGAAGUUCAUGUACUACCUCGCCAUUUCAAGGUGUAUCUUCAUUUUGCCACUAGGAUAAACCAUGUAGCUAGAUUGAUUACUUAUUGACUGAUAGCAGUGUGAUACAUUGACAUGCAUUUAGUUUAAUUUUUAACCACCUUGUUUUGCAGUGUAUGCUGUUACAUUUUAUUAGCCAAGGACUAACGUUGAGUUGCAUGUAAUGACGAAGGAAUUGAUCAGUUAAGUGUAUUGUGAGUGUGUCGGUCAUCUUACAGAGCAGUAGGGCCUAGUCAUUGAGGCGAAUGAUCUCGUUGACCCCCUGUGUUGUCUGUAGGCUGAAGCUGUUCAAACCUGAGCAGGAGGCGAUGAAGUACCAAGGCCCCAGGGACCUGCAGUCUCUGGAGACCUGGAUGCUCAACACUCUGCAGGAGGAGCCUGUGGUAAGUGGGGGAGCGGGGGUGUUACCUUAGUGCAGCGACGAUGGCGGCGGUACAUGCAUCUCAUCUGAAAUGGCUUCUCCUCCUAAUUUCCUUUCAUCUGCGCUGAUUUGAAAGCCUUGGAUAGGUGAAUGCAAAUUAACAGUGGACAACCUUGUUAUUGCUUCCACCUGAUCCUGUUCUCAGUGCAUGAGGAUGAUGACGAGAGGGAAUUCCUUUAAACCAGGGAUCAUCAACUAGAUUCAGCCGCGCUAAAAAAAUCGAAAUCCGUUAGCGGAUGGUCAGGGGGCUGGAACAUAAUUACAAAUAAUUUGUAGACUGCAAAUUGACCGCAAGAAGCCCAAACAGAUAUUUUAAUUGAGUACAGGCUUAAGUGAAUGGACAUAUACAAAGACAGAAUGCAAUAUGGAAUUUUUAUUUAGAUAUAUUGGGGUAGGCCUCGUCUCUGAAGAAAUGCUCCUCAGAGCCAGAUGUUGAUGGCAGAUACCCUUAGAGGGACAGCUGGCAUCAAAACCCCCCGCUGGAACAGCCCCAGACCAUUAUUCCUCCUCCACCAAAAUGUACAGUUGGCGCUAUGCAUUGGGGCAGGUAGCGUUCUCCUGGCACCCGCCAAACCCAGAUUCGUCGGACUGCCAGAUAGUGAAGCGUGAUUCAUCACUCCAGAGAAUGCGUUUCCAAUGCUCCAGAGUCCAAUGGCGGCGAGCUUUACACCACUCCAGCCGACGCUUGGCAUUGCGCAUGGUGAUCUUACGCUUGUGUGCAGCUGCUCUGCCAUGGAAACCCAUUUCACGAAGUUCCCGACGAACAGUUCUUGUGCUGACGUUGCUUCUAGAGGCAGUUUGGAACUCGGUAGUAAGUAUUGCAACUGAGGACAGACGAUUUUUACGCACAAUGCGCAUUAGCACUCGGCGGUCCCAUUCUGAGAGCUUGAGUGGCCUACCACUUCGCGGCUGAGCCGUUGUUGCUCCUAGACGUUUCCACUUCACAAUAACAGCACUUACAGUUGACCGGGACAGCUAAAGCAGGUCAGAAGUUUGACGAACUGACUUGUUGGAAAGGUGGCAUCCUAUGACGGUGCCAUGUUGAAAGUCACUGAGCUCUUCAGUAAGGCCAUUUUACUGCCACUGUUUGUCUAUGGAGAUUGCAUGGCUGUGUGCUCGAUCCACUAAUUUGAAGGGGUGUCCACGUACUUUUCUAUAUGUAGUGUAAUUGCGCUAGUGAGCCCAUAGGUUAAUCAGGAAGCAUGUUGACAUUGCCUUAGUGUGCCGUGCUCAAAGGCUGGAGUUAAUCAUUGUAUGAUGAUCCCCGCGCUUGGUAAUUGUGAAGGAUUAGGACACGUAACACUAUACUGACGAGGUAACAUUGUAGCCAACACCAUAUACAGUGGGGGAAAAAAAGUGUUUAGUCAGCCACCAAUUGUGCAAGUUCUCCUACUUAAAAAGAUGAGAGGCCUGUAAUUUUCAUCAUAUGUACACGUCAACUAUGACAGACAAAUUGAGGAAAAAAAAUCCAGAAAAUCACAUUGUAGGAUUUUUAAUGAAUUUAUUUGCAAAUUAUGGUGGAAAAUAAGUAUUUGGUCACCUACAAACAAGCAAGAUUUCUGGCUCUCACAGACCUGUAACUUCUUCUUUAAGAGGCUCCUCUGUCCUCCACUCGUUACCUGUAUUAAUGGCACCUGUUUGAAUGUUUUAUCAGUAUAAAAGACACCUGUCCACAACCUCAAACAGUCACACUCCAAACUCCACUAUGGCCAAGACCAAAGAGCUGUCAAAGGACACCAGAAACAAAAUUGUAGACCUGCACCAGGCUGGGAAGACUGAAUCUGCAAUAGGUAAGCAGCUUGGUUUGAAGAAAUCAACUGUGGGAGCAAUUAUUAGGAAAUGGAAGACAUACAAGACCACUGAUAAUCUCCCUCGAUCUGGGGCUCCACGCAAGAUCUCACCCCGUGGGGUCAAAAUGAUCACAAGAACGGUGAGCAAAAAUCCCAGAACCACACGGGGAGACCUAGUGAAUGACCUGCAGAGAGCUGGGACCAAAGUAACAAAGCCUACCAUCAGUAACACACUACGCCGCCAGGGAGUCAAAUCCUGCAGUGCCAGACGUGUCCCCCUGCUUAAGCCAGUACAUGUCCAGGCCCGUCUGAAGUUUGCUAGAGUGCAUUUGGAUGAUCCAGAAGAGGAUUGGGAGAAUGUCAUAUGGUCAGAUGAAACCAAAAUAGAACUUUUUGGUAAAAACUCAACUCGUCGUGUUUGGAUGACAAAGAAUGCUGAGUUGCAUCCAAAGAACACCAUACCUACUGUGAAGCAUGGGGGUGGAAACAUCAUGCUUUGGGGCUGUUUUUCUGCAAAGGGACCAGGACGACUGAUCCGUGUAAAGGAAAGAAUGAAUGGGGCCAUGUAUCGUGAGAUUCUGAGUGAAAACCUUCUUCCAUCAGCAAGGGCAUUGAAGAUGAAACGUGGCUGGGUCUUUCAGCAUGACAAUGAUCCCAAACACACCGCCCGGGCAACGAAGGAGUGGCUUCGUAAGAAGCAUUUCAAGGUCCAGAUCUCAACCCCAUAGAAAAUCUUUGGAGGGAGUUGAAAGUCUGUGUUGCCCAGCGACAGCCCCAAAACAUCACUGCUCUAGAGGAGAUCUGCAUGGAGGAAUGGGCCAAAUACCAGCAACAGUGUGUGAAAACCUUGUGAAGACUUACAGAAAACGUUUGACCUGUGUCAUUGCCAACAAAGGGUAUAUAACAAAGUAUUGAGAAACUUUUGUCAUUGACUAAAUACUUAUUUUCCACCAUAAUUUGCAAAUAAAUUCAUUAAAAAUCCUACAAUGUGAUUUUGGGGAAUUUAUUUUCUCAUUUUGUCUGUCAUAGUUGACGUGUACCUAUGAUGAAAAUUACAGGCCUCUCAUCUUUUUAAGUGGGAGAACUUGCACAAUUGGUAGCAGACUAAAUACUUUUUUUCCCCACUGUAUGUACCUGCUAUGCCCAUGAGCUAGGAAGCUAUGUGAAUAUAUUAUGCUUACUGAAAUAAAAUACAAGUGACCCCCAUUCAGAUCAGCGUUACUGAUUUGAACUUUUGUAACUACAUAAUAUUUGUCUAAAAAAUUAUCAUUUCAAACCUUGCCUCCAUUUGUAUAUGAUCACAUAUCUCUCUAUUAUGCGUGGAAAUACACUACCGGUCAAAAGUUUUUGAACACUUACUCAUUCAAGGGUUUUUCUUUAUUUUUACUAUUUUCUACAUUGUAGAAUAAUAGUGAAGACAUCAAAACUAUGAAAUAACACGUAUGGAAUCAUGUAGUAACCAAAAAAGUGUUAAACAAAUCAAAAUAGAUUUUAUAUUUGAGAUUCUUCAAAUAUCCACCCUUUGCCUUGAUGACAGCUGUGCACACUCUUGGAGUUCUCUCAACCAGCUUCAUGAGGUAGUCACCUGGAAUGCAUUUCAAUGAACAGGUGUGCCUUCUUAAAAGUUAAUUUGUGGAAUUUCUUUCCUUCUUAAUGCAUUUGAGCCAAUCAGUUGUGUUGUGACAAGGUAGGGGGGUAUACAGAAGAUAGCCCUAUUUGGUAAAAGACCAAGUCCAUAUUAUGUCAAGAACAGCUCAAUACUAUAAGACAUGAAGGUCCGUCAAUACGUAACAUUUCAAUAACUUUUAAAGUUUCUUGAAGUGCAGUCGCAAAAACCAUCAAGCGCUAUGAUGAAACUGGCUCUCAUGAGGACCGCCACAGGAAUGGAAGACCCAGAGUUACCUCUGCUGCAGAGGAUAAGUUCAUUAGAUUUACCAGCCUCAGAAAUUACAGCCCAAAUAAAUUCUUCACAGAGUUCAAGUAACAGACCCAUCUCAAUAUCAUCUGUUCAGAGGAGACUGUCUGAAUCAGGCCUUCAUGGUCGAAUUGCUGCAAAGAAACCACUACUAAAGGACACCAAUAAGAAGAAGAGACUUGCUUGGGCCAAUACACAUGAGCAAUGGACAUUAGAAUGGUGGAAAUGUGUCCUUUGGUAUGGAGUCCAAAUUGGAGAUUUUUGGUUCCAACCGCCGUGUCUUUGUGAGAUGCGGUGUGGGUUAACGUAUGAUCUCCGCAUGUGUAUUUCCCACCGUAAAGUAGGGAGGAGGAGGUGUUAUGGUGUGGGGGUGCUUUGCUGGUGACACUAUCUGUGAUUUAUUUAGAAUUCAAGGCACACUUAACCAGCAUGGCUACCACAGCAUUCUGCAGUGAUACGCCAUCCUAUCUGGUUUGCGCUUAGUGGGAUUAUCAUUUGUUUUUCAACAGGACAAUGACCCAACACACCUCCAGGCUGUGUAAGGGCUAUUUUACCAAGAAGGAGAUUGAUGGAGUACUGCAUCAGAUGGCCUGGCCUCCACGAUCCCCCGAACUCAACCCAAUUGAGAUGGUUUGGGAUGAGUUGGACUGCAGAGUGAAGGAAAAGCAGCCAACAAGUGCUCAGCAUAUGUGGGAACUCCUUCAAGAUUGUUGGAAAAGCAUUCCAGGUGAAGCUGGUUGAGAGAAUGCCAAGAGUGUGCAAAGGUUGGCUAUUUGAAGAAUCUCAAAUAUAAAAUAUAUUUUGAUUUGUUGAACACUUUUUUGGUUACUACAUGAUUCCAUGUUUUAUUUCAUAGUUUUGAUGUCUUCACUAUUAUUCUACGAUGUAGAAAAUAGUAAAAAUAAAGAGAAAUCCUUGAAUGAGUAGGUGUUUCAUAACUUUUGAACUGAUUUCCAAAAUUAAAAUCGCAUGGAGCUGCUUUGCUGGUGUUUUCAGUCAUUUAUGUCCAACAAUAAAUCAUUGAAAUCUUGGGGGCCAAAUAAAAUCCCCCGGUUUUAAACCUUUGAGACCAUCUGAAUAAAACCUUGAGACUAAUGUUAUGUGAUGGCAAUCUAUAUUUGAUGUGUGUCAUGAUGUUCUGUGGGUUAGCAGGAGCCAGAGACUGAACUGGAGCCUCCCAAAGCCCCAGAGCCCAAGCAGGGCCUGUUUGACCUCACUGCUGGCAACUUCAAGGCCCACAUCGCUAAAGGUAAUGUGGGGGACUGGGAUCUGUCAGUACAAUAUACAUAUGCCAACAGUCUCUUUUAUAGCCUGGUCCCAGAUCUGUUUUUGCUGUCUCGCACCAUAGGAGUUGGCAAGACAGCGCAAACUGACCUGGGACCAGGCUUGUCUAUUUAUACCCAAAUACAACGUGUGAGAGUUCCUUAACACAACUUUUUUUGUAAGCUACAUAUGUCAAUUUUCUACAGCGAUUAACUUAAUUUAGAUGCUGUCAUUUCCUUGAAACCAUGACGCAAUCCACUCUACAUUUAUCUCAUGCAAACCGCAUGUUUCCGGUCACUGGACAAGCACAACAAAAAUACAUGGUGGUCAUGAUAAAUGUCCCGCUGAAAUUGCAGCUCUUCAGCCCGGUUUUGAGUUGAAUGUUUUGGUUGAGAAGUAAAAAUAAAUAUAUUCCUGUUUGGAGAAAAAAUACAGGAUAUGACAGGGUCAUUUUUAAGAGGAAUGUUUGUGUCCAACCUUUUUAAAUGGUGGCAAGAUUGGCUGUGACAAAAUUGCGUAACAGGUAGCAUUUAACCUCUGAGCUCAGUGUAUUUUAGUCUCUGGGCCAGUAAUGCAGAGGCCAUUUUAUAGUUGAUGUUAUUUCAUCAACUAAAUACCCAUCCUUAAGCUAAAACGCUCUGAUUUCUGUGCUUUCAGAUUGUAGCUACCCUUACUGCACAUACAUUUUUAUUUUUUGGGGGGUGGGGUACUUUUUACCCCUUUUUCUCCCCAAUUUCGUAAUAUCCAAUUGGUAGUUACCGUCUUGUCCCAUCGCUGCAACUCCUGUACGGACUCGGGAGAGGCGAAGGUCGAGAGCCAUGCGUCCUCCGAAACACGACCCUGCCACGCUGAACUGCUUCUUGACACACUGCUCGCUUAACCCGGAAGCCAGCCACACCAAUGUGUCGGAGGAAACACCGUACAACUGGCGACCGAAGUCAGCGUGCAUGUGCCCGGCAUGAGUCGCUAGAGCGCGAUGGGACAAGGACAUCCCGGCCAGCAAAACCCUCCCCUAACCCGGACGACGCUGCGCCAAUUGUGAGCCGCCUCAUGGGUCUCCCGGUCGCGGCCGGCUGCGACACAGCCUGGGAUCCAACCCGGAUCUGUAGUGGCGCCUCAAGCACUGCGAUGCAGUGCCUUAGACCACUGCACCACUCGGGAGGCUUACUGUACAUUUUUAUAUAUGAUGUUUUCCAGUAUUAAUGUAUUUUUCCUCUCUUCUCCGCAGGGUCCCACUUUGUCAAGUUCUUUGCCCCCUGGUGCGGUCACUGCAAGGCCAUGGCCCCGACCUGGGAGCAGCUGGCCACCAGCUUCGAGCACUCGGACAACAUCAAGAUCGGCAAGGUGGGUGACAAGUCACCAGCAGGGGACUGGAGCGCCAUGUUUGUCAGCUAUGUACACGUGCACAAGUCCAGGAUACGGAACUUAUGACAACUCAUUUUUGUUUGUACAGUAAAAUGAUACGACCCACUCAACAAAUGUUAUUUAUGGCUGUGGUUUGAUGUUUGUAUUGGACUGACAGCCCAGUGGUAGUAGAAGUUACUGCAUGUUAAUAUUUCCACAUGAAAGCACAACUGGCUAUCUUUACCAGCUACACGCGUUUUAAAUGUGAAUUAUGACAAACUAGGUAUGAGCUGGAUAUGCUGAAUGAAUUCUGAUUAAACUGGUGUGUUGUGAUUGGCCAGGUGGACUGUACCCAGCACUACGAGGUGUGCUCUGAGAACUCUGUGCGUGGCUACCCUACUCUGCUUUUCUUCAAGGACGGAGAGAAGGUACCUAGUUUGGUUGGCUAACUCACUGAAGAAGACCUUGUGUCAUUGUGUUCUGUAACCCAUUUAUGUUUUGUAAGGAGCUAUGACUUCACCAUUUAAGGAGUCAGUUUGUUAACCCUUUCCGGUGGUGGUGUUGUCUGUCCAGGCGGACCAGUACAAAGGCAAGCGGGACCUGGACUCUCUGAAGGACUUUGUGGACAACCAGGUCAAGGCUGCUGCUGCUAAGGAGGAUGAUGAACACCCACAUGCCAACGAGAUCCCAGUACCCAGCGACGAGCCUGCUAAAGAGGAGGUACUGCAGUGUGUGGCUUUCUCUCCGGUAUAAUAGGCCUUCCAGAUUUAAAAUACUCCACAUGCUAUGUUGUGGGUAAAUGCCUACGUCGAGAUCUAAUUUUGGUGCCGGGCACCCUGUUGCGUGUGUGGGCAGCACGUUUUUACAGCAUACCUCUCCAGAUACUUAAUAAGUGAAAUAAGAUCUCAGGCAGAUGUUUUAGCAGUGAGAUUACCAUCUAGCCAGCCCAGGCCAAGCUGUUUGACUCGACUCCAGUCAUAGGCCUCAGCUACUUAACUAGAAGUAGCAAAUAUGGGCAGGGUAGUUAUUUUUGUGCUUGCAACGCAAGGAUAGUGGGUUCGAUUCCCGGGACCACCCAUACUUAAAAUUUGUGCACACAUGUCUGUAAGUCGCUUUGGAUAAAAGUGUUUGCUAAAUUACAUUUAUUAUUAUUAUAUUAGAAUGUUCAGUGUGAAGUGACAUCACUAGUCUUAACAAAGACAUGGCACAUGUGGUUUAACGAGAGAUCCGAUGCUACUUCCAAUAAAACGUAGAACUCGAUUAGACUCGGAUGUCCGGUUUAUGAACUUAGGCUACUUCUUUGAAUUACUGGUCUUGUGGACGUGUAAACCAAUACAGGACCGUGAAUGAUACAAUCUGAAGUGAUCUAUUUUUUUCCUUGCAGUCUGGCGUGAUUACACUCACAGAGGCCAACUUUGAUGAGACAGUGGCCAAGGGACUGGCAUUCAUCAAGUUCUACGCUCCAUGGUAAGAAAUAGCUCUUUACGAGCUAUUAAAUCCAAAUGUAUGUUCUAUUUAACCUAUCUCACCUUGAAUGAAAUGUACAAUAUUUAAGGCAAUUUAUGUUGGUGAUUGACUUAAAUUGAGGGGCCACAACUAGAAGGCAUAACCAUAACUCGCGUAACCUUCCGUCCCCUCCAGGUGUGGCCACUGUAAGAAUCUGGCCCCUGUCUGGGAGGACCUGUCUAAGAAGGAGUUCCCUGGCCUGACUGACGUGAAGAUUGGCAAAGUGGACUGCACUGUGGAGAGGACGAUCUGCAACAGGUUUUCAGUAGGUGUUCUAUGUUGUACAUUGACUGCCUGGAGCUGAGGGAUGAUUCAGAAAGAGCACUUCUGAAGUCUGCCAUGCUCUUUCUGAAGUCUGCCAUGCUCUUUCUGAAGUCUGCCAUGCUCUUUCUGAAGUCUGCCAUGCUCUUUCUGAAGUCUGCCAUGCUCUUUCUGAAGUCUGCCAUGCUCUUUCUGAAGUCUGCCAUGCUCUUUCUGAAGUCUGCCAUGCUCUUUCUGAAGUCUGCCAUGCUCUUUCUGAAGUCUGCCAUGCUCUUGGUUAUAAAUAGCAAGACCUUGAGACAUGUUGUUUAUAACACACACAAACAGCAGGUGUGACCCAGAGCCGCAGGAAGUAUAAACGGUGGACUGUGGGUUAGCUGAGUUCCACUAGCCAUAAAACUAUACAGCACAUACCUCAUCGCAGGAUUGGAUGACCAGUGAUGCUGCGCUACCAGGACUCCCCUUUAUCGCUAGGACAGUCCAUGGUAUAGCCAUCACAACCUUUAUCGCUAGGACAGUCCGUGGUAUAGCCAUCACAACCUUUAUCGCUAGGACAGUCCAUGGUAUAGCCAUCACAACCUUUAUCGCUAGGACAGUCCAUGGUAUAGCCAUCACAACCUUUAUCGCUAGGACAGUCCGUGGUAUAUCCAUCACAACCUUUAUCGCUAGGACAGUCCGUGGUAUAGCCAUCACAACAUUUAUCGCUAGGACAGUCCGUGGUAUAGCCAUCACAACCUUUAUCGCUAGGACAGUCCGUGGUAUAGCCAUCACAACCUUUAUCGCUAGGACAGUCCGUGGUAUAUCCAUCAACCUUUAUCGCUAGGACAGUCCGUGGUAUAUCCAUCACAACCUUUAUCGCUAGGACAGUCCGGGGUACCUAGGCAUCACAACCUUUAUCGCUAGGACAGUCCGUGGUAUAGCCAUCACAACCUUUAUCGCUAGGACAGUCCGUGGUAUAGCCAUCACAACCUUUAUCGCUAGGACAGUCCGUGGUAUAGCCAUCACAACCUUUAUCGCUAGGACAGUCCGUGGUAUAGCCAUCACAACCUUUAUCGCUAGGACAGUCCGUGGUAUAGCCAUCACAACCUUUAUCGCUAGGACAGUCCGUGGUAUAUCCAUCACAACCUUUAUCGCUAGGACAGUCCGUGGUAUAUUCAUCACAACCUUUAUCGCUAGGACAGUCCAUGGUAUAGCCAUCACAACCUUUAUCGCUAGGACAGUCCGUGGUAUAGCCAUCACAACCUUUAUCGCUAGGACAGUCCAUGGUAUAGCCAUCACAACCUUUAUCGCUAGGACAGUCCGUGGUAUAGCCAUCACAACCUUUAUCGCUAGGACAGUCCAUGGUAUAGCCAUCACAACCUUUAUCGCUAGGACAGUCCAUGGUAUAGCCAUCACAACCUUUAUCGCUAGGACAGUCCGUGGUAUAGCCAUCACAACCUUUAUCGCUAGGACAGUCCGUGGUAUAGCAAUCACAACCUUUAUCGCUAGGACAGUCCGUGGUAUAACCAUCACAACCUUUAUCGCUCCCUGGAAUUUCCCCUGACUCAAGGACAUGGGGCAGUAGUCUCUGCAGCUGCAGCCUAUCUGUCUCUGUAGAGGCUAACAGAGUGAAUUAACUUGUGGUAUAAUUCACACUGCUAAACGAUAGGGACGUAACUAUUCACCAGUAAGCAUCGGUCUCAGAUUCAAAUGUUUAAGAUACAGGUCAUCGGUCCGCGGACCCCAAACCGAUCCAAAUGUAGCGUGCAUCGGUCAGUAAAUCGAUUCAAACGUUACGAAUCGCAGGUUCACUAAAAUGUUUUGCUCAUAUUACAUUCUUUCUACAUUCCGAAAAUACCUAAUAUUUUGUGACGACUGAUGCGUCCUCUCUUUCAGUGUCGAACUGUGUUGAGUCAUUGAUCUACAAGUCAUUUUGCAUGCCAAACAACCCCAAGCAAUAUCAGGCUAGUCAAACUGCGCACUGUGCCCAGAUUCGCAAGCUAACCAACGCAAAGAAGGCAGCCUGUUGCUGAUUGUGCACAUCCGCGCAGCACCUAUAGCAUUCAAAUGCUAAAAUGGCUUGCGUGAUAUUAGGCUUUAUUAGUUGAGUGACAACCUACUGUAUUCUGCUAGGUUAUUGUUAUCUAUGCGCUGUAUAAAAAAUUGUGUUUUACCGGAAUAAAAGUAAGCCACCGGAGACGACUCACCUGGCUUAUAGCCUACCUGCUGAACAAGGCUUAUUUUGAUUGUUGAAGUUCACCGUCAGCAAUCAUUUUGGUAGUUUUGCUUUUAAACAAGCAGUGUAUAUUGUCGUUUUUAGAUAUGCAGGGUAAAGUUGAUUCUGGGGGGGGGGGGGGGGGGUGUACUAGGUGCCUACAUAGUAAAUACACUAUAUAUAUAUAUAUAUCUCUCAUUUACAAAAAACACACCGUCAGCUCAGAGGCUCAGCUAAUGAGCUCCAUCAGCAGCAGAUGUUAUUUUAGAAUGGAAAAUGAAUGUUUAUGCAACAAAUGUUAGUGCAUCGAUUCGUUUCCAACUAAAACGUGUCGUUCCCGUAUCAGAUCCCAUGUAUUGAAUCAUCUUGAAAGGGAAAGAUCUAGGUGGUUCAUGCAUAGUUUACAGUAAGAGAAAAACAUUGCCCACAUUCCUUCGGUGUUGACGGAUCUGAAGGAAUGGGGAAGGUGGAAGUGGUAUGGUCAAGGCAUUGCAGAGCUAGGUGAAGUUGAGGCCAUAUUGCUAAUACCUAUCCAUUCCAUUCAGAUCAGCAAACACUGAGGAGGUAGGGGUUAGCUAGUGGUUGUUACCUGGAUGUCAGAAGCUUUGUCCCCUUUCCAUUCUACAGGUGAGUGGGUACCCCACCCUGCUGAUGUUCAGGGCGGGUGUGCAAGGUGAGGAGCAUCAUGGAGGGCGGGACUUGGAGAGCCUCCACGGCUUUGUGAUGAAGCAGGCCCGAGACGAGCUGUAGCACUGUCCAAUCAACGUCCAUCGUUAGUUCUCUCCUCCCCCACACAGCAUAUCUGGCCAACCGGAGGAAUCCUUUCUCCUGUAGAGGCUAGCUCUCUUCUUUCUCUCUCUCCGAUCAUUUUCCUUUCAGAAAGGAUUCACAUCAACAGACUGUUUUUUUUACCCCCCCAUCUGUAAUGCCUUGUUUUACCCCCCCCCCCCCCCCCGUCUGUAAUGCCUUGUUUACCCCCCCCCCCCCCCUGCUUAGUCCCACUGUUCCUCUGGAAAUGAAAUGAUGUGAUCGACAACCACUUUUUGCCAGCGGUACUUAAUCAGUCAGACCUUGAAAAUGCAUACUGUUAUAGUCAUCCCAAUACUUGACACAACUCAAGGACGGUUGUCUUAAAUUGUGCCUGCCGGUUGUAUCAAAAAACAUUGGAUUAACCUGACUGAGUUUGUCGGACAUUUUAAACCGUUAAUUCUGUGAUUUUAAGGAAAUCAUGUUGAUAAACAAUCAUGAGCAAUUAAUGUAAUGUUACUGCAGCUAAAGGGUCAAAGCCGCAUGACGUUGAGCGUUAAGUUGACGGUACUUCUCAUCCAUGCCAGUGACGGCCUAACUAACUUAACUCUCAGGGACACCCAGUUCUCGGCCUACUCCAUACUGCUAUCUCUUAUCGGCUAACUUCGUAUUCCCCUUAUGUGUCUGUAGAGUCCCCCCAACUGCUUGUUGGCUAUGUCGGAAGGCUGCAGGAAACUACUUUCCAAUGUUUCAUGUCAAACUGCCCUUCGUGUGUUCUUCUGACAUUGUAAAUGUGCUAGAAAAUGUCAAUGUAGACAUGUUCUUUUAUUUUCCAUUUUAGUGCUGUCAGAGGCUUCGGUUCCAGUCCCACAACGGCACAAUAUCAGGUGCCUGGUUGGUGUUCUCACCGUUUCUAUGAACAAUGAUUGUCAGUUUGCACGAUCAAGACAUGCCUUAUGAAUGGAAUCUGGCAGUUUGGGUCAUUACAGGAAAACUGCAUUUUCAUGUAUUUGACAUUAGUUAAUGUUUGACACAGUCCCUCACAUGGUUUGCAAGGGAUUGUGUCAAAUGUACAAAAAAAUAUUUAAAAAUGGUUUUCUACGGCUAGUUCAUUAGAAUGGAAUAUUCAGAAUGUCGCAGAUAGAAGUGUGUUGUAUAGAAGAAACACGUCCUUAUCUUGUGUCUGCUGCAAAUGCAAUAGAUUUCACAAAGCUGAUGAAUAUUCUGUUCUAUUGACUUAAGCCCUCUAUCAGGCCCCAGUGUAAACCAUUCUCCCAUGUAUCACUCAUCCACCCAGUGAAGCACAAGAAUGUAACAACAUUAGUGCUAUGGUCACUUUUACUGUUGGUUUAUUAACCUUUGGAAAAUCUGGAAUGUUUGGUUUACCUCCGUAUGCUUGAAGAGCAAAACAGAAUAGCAAAAAUGUUCCACCCACAUAAUGAUCAAUUUAUAUUUUACUUGUUUAGUCAGUAUGUUAUGAUGACAACGUUGAUUUUCCUUCUUUCCAGAUGUAG